AUUUUCGGCCAAUUGUUCCUAUAGGUGCUCAAUGAUAUAGAAAUCCGAUGCUGAUAUAAGUUAGUACAUGUUAAAGGAGCAUAGGGCAGUUUGAAAUUUGAUUGUUAGUACCAUGAUAAAAAGAAACAGGGAGACAUAUUCCAAGGAAUCAAAAGACAUAUUCAAAAGUUAGUGAAUAAUUCUUUUGGUCUGUGAACCAUUAUCAAAAUUUAAAAAUUUCGUACGUAAGAAUUGUGGAAGAUAUAGCAAUAUUUUCUUGAAAGACCCAAGGAUUGAUCAAACUAACGAAAUUAAAACAUGAAUUAAUAGCAAUAUAUAUUGAGGCAGUGAAAAUUGCAAAUAUCCCAACCUAUAUCAAGGUGUUAAUUAAAAGGGAAAUUCUCUCUCGCUCUGCUACACUUUUAGCGGGUCGUGACUUCCCUUCGUGAUUGCGAACACGCACAACGUCAACAACCUUUUGAAAAAAAAAAUGUUUCUCUUCUAGUUUUAAAAAUGCUUAAAUGGAAUAUGUAUGGAUAGAAAAAAAAUAAACAAUGAUAAUCAUUAAGCAACGUGGAAAUUUGCAAUUUGUGGCAACUGCAGAAAAGUCCAACACGCUGCCAUCUCUAGUCUCUGCACGCUCUCCCUAUCUCUCUGCUUCAAUACUAAUCGCACUUGUUACCCUCACUGCUUAUCGUAAAGCUCCACUGGACGACUACGUAUAUAAGUGUUGAGAGCUUCCGGGAAUGGUUCACAACAAUCGCAGUUCGCAACGAUUCGUAACGUUAUGUUGGUGGUAAAAAUUUUGUUAGCCUUGCUGCCACUUUUGGCGCAGGCCAAGGCCAGGUCUCAGGUACCCCAAUUGGAGCACCUGCUGUCGGGUCACUAUGAGGAGUUGGCUGAGAGGAAUAUCGCAUCAGUGGUGGAGAGUAUAAUGCAGAAGAUGCAGAACGAGCAGGCAAUGGAAAUAACGUCGCGCAUUAUUGAUGGAUUCGAUGUGCAGGGCGUGGACAAUGCGCCCUACCUUGUCUCGCUGAGCCUCACCCCGCUGACCUACAGUCAUCAGUGCGCAGGUGCCAUCAUUGGCAAGCGCUGGAUCCUCACGACUGCCCACUGCUGCGAGGAGUGGCGCAGCUUUAAUGGCGAGAUCAUUGGCAACGCCGUCUAUGCGGGCCUCUCCAAUCGCGCCAACGUGAGCGACGCCCAGGUGCGCUACGUGGACUUUGCCUCGACGCAUCGCUCCUUCAACGGCCAGGCCGGCAGCGACAACAUCGCCCUGCUUCACGUUUCUGAGUCAUUUGUGUACUCGGCGCGUGUGCAGCAGAUAGCGCUGCCGGAUCUGGAUGAGGACUACAGCGGCAAGACGGCCACCGUUUACGGCUGGGGUCUGACCGAUGUCGACGGUGAUGCGUACUCUAAGGAGCUACAAUAUGGAUUCUCCGCGCUGAUGAACAGCACGCGCUGCGCGGAGCUGCUGCCCACGGAUGCGCCGCUCUCGCAGAGGCAGGUGUGCGCCCAGGUACAGGCAUGCUAUGGCGAUGGCGGCAGCCCCCUGGUCUAUUGGCCCAUCGACGGACCAGCUGAACUGGCGGGCCUGGGCUCCUGGAGCUAUAUGCCCUGCGGCUAUGCCAAUAGGCCGACGGUCUUCACCUCGGUGCCCGCCUAUGUGGAUUGGAUCUACCAAGUAAUUAGCGCCUACUACCAGCUCAACUGAGCAGCGAACAGUGAAGUCUUUAAGCUAACGUCUUACAGCUCUGAUCUUUGCGUAAUAAACUUGUCGCCAAUUAAAGCAAACAACAA